GGUGGAAUACAAGGGAAGAGGAGGGGGUUGGCGGGCAAGAUGGCUGCUUCUGCAGCUGGUGUGGGCCGGCUAGAGGAAGAAGCGUUGCGGCGAAAGGAACGGCUGAAGGCCCUACGAGAGAAAACAGGGCGCAAGGACAAGGAAGAUGGGGAGCCCAAGACCAAGCAGAUCAGAGAAGAGGAGGAGGAGGAGGAGGAGGGUGAGAAGCACAGGGAGCUCAGGCUGCGGAACUACGUCCCCGAGGAUGAGGCCCUGAAGAAGAGGAGGGUGCCUCAGGCCAAGCCAGUUGCAGUGGAAGAGAAGGUGAAGGAGCAGCUGGAGGCUGCCAAGCCGGAGCCCAUCAUCGAGGAAGUGGACCUGGCCAACCUUGCACCCCGGAAGCCUGAUUGGGACCUCAAGAGAGACGUAGCCAAGAAGCUGGAGAAACUAGAGAAGCGGACCCAGAGGGCCAUCGCCGAGCUGAUCCGUGAGAGGUUGAAAGGCCAGGAGGACAACCUGGCCUCGGCAGUGGAGGCCACCACCGGGCAGGAGGCCUGCGACUCUGACUGAGGCCUGCCCUGUCCCCACGCCUGCCCGCCUGGCCUGCGCUGGAGGAGGACAGUCUUGGACAAGGGCAGGGCCAAGCCUGCCGUCUCUUCCAGUUCAUCUUCAGAGUAGCGACUCGGGUACCAUCAGUCUGAGCCCCGCUUGGGGUGAGGUCAGCUCCUCGCCCUCUGAGUGGUCCCUGCCACCUGAGUAGGGACAGAACCACCACUCAGUGGGGGCAGCAGCAGGUCUGCAGGCCUAUGCUGUCUGUGAAUAUGAAUCAUGUGUUACAAACUUUAUUUUUUAGUUCUGGAAAAAGAGGCAAGCAGACCCCCGUGUGUGGCCGGGUAUUUCCUGGGUCUGCGGGGUGCUGUGGGUCCAGGCCCCUGGUCGGGGUGCUGUAGAGGUGAUGCUGACUAUGAGUGAGCCCUGUGUGGGACUGAGCAUACUGAGGCCGACCUUUCAGGCCCAGUCUUUGGUCGCUGGUAGUCACCUCAGAACUCUUGAGUGACAGAGACAGCGUCCGAGAGAGUCCUCAUAAGACCUGCCCAGGGCUAGUCCUGCCGGAUUCUGUGGGACAGCGUGGGGAGGCCCCCUGCCCUGGUCUGCGGACCCUCCCAGUGUGAGAUAGGGGAGGAGACCACGCCCGCGGAGCCGGGGAGCCGUGCCCUGGCAGCCUCCAUCUGGGCUGCUCCAGCCAGGAGGCCCAGGGCACGGCCCUCUUCCCCACUGCACCCAGCAGAGCUCGGCUGUGGCUUCCCCGGGACAGGGCCCCUGCGUUGGGGCGGGGAGGGGCCGUUCUGCUAGAGAGCGAGGUGGUGUGGGCUGAGUUUUGGGUGCGCUUUGGGGCCCUGGGCCCACAGGUCCUGAGCCUCCUCUGUGGAGCUGACUCUCCGGAGUGACUGGCUGGCCACAACUGGGACUCCAGGGACCUGUGGCCAACUGGAGAGUCACCUCCUCUAGAACGUUAACACGCUUGAGGUUCCUUCAGGGUUUUCCUGGAGCCUGCUGCCCACCCUGCACUGGCCCAGCAUGUCCUUCCCCUGUGCUGACUCCUGGGAACCCAGGUCACGGGCUGUGGUGGUCAGUGCCGAGGCCUUGGGCGGCAGAGGCGGAAUGUGCGUGUGCACACAGAGACCCACCCCCAAACACAGUCCAUCAAAUGCUUGAAGUUAAAAUUACGUAGCCACUUCUGAGAACGUAAUUCUCGUGGAGAAGAGGAGCAGCACCUAGCGGCUGUGAGUGAGGGCUGAGGCAGUGAGCAGGGGGACAAGCCCAGGACUGUGACUCCCACAGGGGCCAGGACUGGAGCCAGGCUCCCUUUCCGAGGAGUGAGGGAUGAUGGUGCCGCCACCUCCUGCAGGUGCGGUUGUAAGCAGGAUGCUUGUCUGUGGCCAUGUAGGACUCAGACACCUGGCAACUACCAGCCAGCUGCCCGUGCAGCACCAGCUCCAGGACUGGAGUCAGGAUACUGCAGUUGGAGCCCAGAGUACGGAUGGAGGGUUUGCGGCCACACGUUUAUUACCCUUUGUGCCCUAAAGGAAGACGGCCUCCCAGGGAGUGAGGAAAGCAAGACUCGCCACACGUGACUUGCGUGCAAACAAAUUACAAAGCACGUGGGAAAAGCCAGUGCCCUAAAGAGCAGCCAGCCCACACCCACACACAGCACAGGCAUGGUCGUCGGUCAGUUCUUAGCGUCAUGCUCUGCAGCCGUGAAACAAGCCAGAACCACGUGCAGCGUAAGGGACCUCGAAAGAAGCAAGUCACAAGAGAAACAGAGUGUGUGCCACUCGAUGAUGCCCCGAAACAGACGAAGGAGACAGACUCUCCGAGGACAGACACACCCUGACGGAGAAGUCAGCAGGACAGCGGGCUGCCGGCUUCCGCGUCGGGCCUGCGGGGCUGCCGAUGGGCUGCUGCUUGGCUCCAGUGAUGGGGACCCACUUCAUUCUCCAUGUGCUCAUUUUACACACUUUUCCUUCUGUACAUAGGCUGUACUUCCCACAGCUUAAAAAAUAAAUUUGCAGCAUUUACAACCUAAA